AUGGCUGUGGCCGGUCAGCCGGAUCAGUCAGGGAUUACAAGGCCUCUGUCAACUAUCAAUAGCCUCAUGUGCACGCGAGAGGCGAGGUGGGGGGGAGAGGAGGGAGAGAGAGAGAGGGAGUUGGGAGGGGAGGAGCAGACGGUGCAGAGCAGCCAGGCGAUGCUGCUGUUUGUCCUGUCCGUGGAUCGGAGGAGAGUACAGAAUCAACACGCACGCGACGACCAAUUUAAUCCACAACAUCCGGUGUCAAAGAGCCCCCGUUUGACCCGCGCGCUCUCCCCCCCGGAGACGCCGAGAGGACGUGAAGGUGGAGGGAGUGUACCGCCAAGAGAAAAAGCAAUUUACCUGCACAGCGCUCCUGUUCAGCCCGCCGCCGCCGUCCUUAUUCCCUGCUCACUGUGGCUUUCAGCGCCGCCGCUCACUCCAAGCUGCUCGCCGCUCAACGGGAGUUUAGACAACGGGAUUUGUUCACGUGGUCACGCUCGGUGCCUCUAA